AUGCCAGCCUCAUUGCCAAGAGAUACCGAUAAUACUAUACAAUUAAAUUUUAUUAAACAAUGGAAUACAUUAUUAUUGCUAUCUAAUAAUGGAAAUGGAGUAGAGUUGUUUCAAUAUUUAAAUAAAGAAUGGCAGUGUUUAUCGUUACCAGAUACUUAUAGAGCUGACUUGGGAGUGAAUACCUAUCCCACCGGAAUGGCAUUGGUCAAGUGUUUCAAAGAGAUGCCACUCACCGAAGGAACCAACCUGAAGAUAAACCAACCCCUACCGAUUGUUGUCAUUCUCGAUACCGACUAUAGACUUAACCUUUAUAAUCUAUAUAAUGAAAAGAGUAGUGGUUUACAGAUAACAUCACCAAGUGAAAUAUCACCAUCUCUAUCUUCAUCAUCAUCAUCAUCAUCAUCAUCAUCAUCAUCAUCAUCAUCAUCAUCAUCAUCAUCAUCAUCAUCAUCAUCAUCAUCAUCAUCAUCAUCAUCAUCAUCAUCAUCAUCAUCAUCAUCAAAAGAUAGCAACAAUCAAAAGCAACAACAACAGCAACCAACACUUCAAUUAGGUGGUAAUAACAACAACAAUAUUCCUACAAGUGCUUUCACAAGUGGUGCAUCGAUGUUUGGCAAUCCAACAACAACAUCAACAACAACACCAACUACAUCUUUGUUUGGUAAUCCAACACCACCCACUCCAUUCUCAGUUAAAACAGCACCUGUAAGCGUUAGCUUUGGUCAGACUGGCAGUAGCACACAAGAAUCAUCGAUGUUUGGCAAUCCAAAUGCUAGCAAACCUACAACAAUGUUUGGACAGAAUAUUGUACUUGGUGGUGGUGGUGUUGGUAAACCAACUACUACACCAACAGCUACAACAACACCAUUGACAAUGUUUGGACAGAAUAUUGUACUUGGUGGUGGAGGAUCUACCACAAGUAGUACAACAUCAUUCUUGGGUGGUGGUAAUAAUAACAAUAGUAAUAAUAGUGGUAUUCCAAAAGUAAACAAUAGUGACAACAAAACAUCUCCACCAACACUAUUUGGCAAUCCAAAUCUUUCAAGCAAGAUCUCAACAUCAAUAUCACCACCAUCUUCAAGUUCAUCACCACUCUUUAGUGCAUUUGGUGCAACUUCUACACCAAUUUCAACAACAGUCAAUAAUCAACCAAAUAUUACAUCACCACUGAUUAAAGCAAAUAUUUCACCACUAACACCAUCAACUACAUCUUCAUCUUCAUCUACACCAUCAAAAUUAACAACAACUAAAUCAUCAAGUAAAAAGACAAGACAUGAGUUGUUAAUGGAUAAAUUCAAAUCUACAUCGAUGUACACAUCUAAACAUUCGCUGGCAGAGCUACUCAGAAAGAAUACAGUGUCACUCGAGUCAUCGUUGAGUAGCAUCGAAAAGGCAACGACCGACACUACCAGAUUCGUCGAAGCCGUUAAAAAGAACACUAAAACACCAUUCUCAAUUCCACAGAUCUCAAAUGAAGUCAAUCAGCUCAAGCAUAUCAUAUCGGGACUCUCUAAGGGUGUCUCACAGGUUCAAGACCAAACACAUCUGAUGGAGACAAAGAUCUAUCAAUCUCUUACGCAUGCCGAUGAAUCAAUGUCUUUCCUCGAUGCCGAACCACACCUCAAAGACCUGAUGCUCUCGAGAAAGCUCGACGCCAAGACCGCCAAAGACAGAGAACGUCUACACCUCUCAUAUAGAAAUGUAAAUCUCGAAAUCCAAAAGUUGGAAGAGUUUUUCGCAUCGUUGGAUCUACAAAAGUCAAAGAAUAACAAGGUUUCCGCUGUCAUUUCAAAGGAGGUUUUCUUGGAUAUGACAUACGAUUCGCUUCACAGCCACGACAACGCACAUCGCAAACUUGCUCAGACACUCGAUGAAAUCAAUGAGAAAGUCGAUCAACUCUGCCUAAAUACUAGACAUCAAAACAAAUCAACAACUAAAGAAGAGAAGAAUAUCGAAAGUAACUUUGACAAGUUGAUGAUAACAACUGGUGAUAAAUCAAAUGUUAGUGGUGGAGGUAGUUCAGCCAACAAAGAGCAAUCUAGAUACAGAAAACCAAACUUUAAUAUCGUAAAGAAUCGAUUGGUUGAGAUCUCCAGAGGUCAACAGGUUGUAAAGUCAACCAAUCUUAAACUUGGAAGAUAUCUAAAGACUGAUGAUAUCCUUGAUCCAAGUCAAUUGGUGCCAGUGGCAGAGUUGCCCGCUAGUACUGUCAACGCAAUGACCGACUCUGUUGAUUUGUCGCUGGAUUUGGAUACAUCAUUCAAUGCCUUUUCAUCCUCGAGAUUCUCUUAUGAUGCUGCUUCUAGACGUACUCCAAUUCCAGAGGUUUCAAAUGUUGCUGAUAGUAGCAGUGAAUCAGAGUCUAGUGAAUCGGAAUUUGACGACGAAGAAGAUGAAGACGAGGACAACAGCGAUUACGAAGAUGAAUAUGAAGAGAAUCGCUCACCAAUUGCUCUAAAGAAACCAGAGGAGGAGCCAGAGCACGACAGAAUCAAAAGCAAUAGAAGUACCAAGCAUCAGAGACAGUUCUCUUCAAACUCAUUCCCUGCUUCCAAUGUGCUAGGCCAAGGAAUUUCAAAGGAUAUAUUAAAACCUGAUCUCUCUGGAAAGAGUCCUUCGUUUAUCAACACACCAAUAGUUGCUCCAACAAGUUCAUUCUUGACUAAGGAUACAACAACAACAACAACAACUGCAUUUGGUACAUCAUUUGGAUCGACACCACUUACAUUGGGUGGUGGUAAUAGUGUAUUGUUUGGCGGUUCUAAGCCACAGGAGCCAAAGAUAUCAGAAUCGUUAUUUGGUGUAAAACCAGGUUCAGAGUCAAAGCCUACCAAUACCCCAUUCGAUGUUAAACCUAGCACUGAAGUUAAACCCACUACUCAACCGUUGUUUGGUUCAAAGCCAACAGAUACCAAAUCUGUAUUUGAUAUGAAGCCAGGUUCAGAGUCCAAGUCACCGUUUGAUGUUAAACCAGGUUCAGAAUCAAAACCAACUGAAUCAAAAUCGCUAUUCGAUAUGAAGCCAGGUUCAGAGUCCAAGUCGGCAUUCGAUGUUAAACCAGGUUCAGAAUCAAAGCCAACUGACGUCAAAUCACCAUUCGAUGUUAAGCCAGGAUCGGAAUCAAAACCUACAGAUGUAAAAUCACCAUUUGAUGUUAAGCCAGGAUCAGAAUCAAAGCCGACUGAAGUCAAAUCACCAUUCGAUGUUAAGCCAGGAUCAGAGUCAAAACCUACCGAUGUCAAAUCACCAUUCGAUGUGAAACCAGGUUCAGAAUCAAAGCCGACUGAAGUAAAGUCACCAUUCGAUGUUAAGCCAGGAUCAGAAUCAAAACCAGCUGAAUCUAAAUCACCAUUCGAUGUGAAACCAGGUUCAGAUUCUAAGCCUGCUGAAGUCAAGUCACCAUUCGAUGUUAAGCUAGGAUCAGAAUCAAAGCCAGCUGAAUCUAAAUCACUGUUCGACGUGAAACCAGGUUCAGAAUCAAAACCUACCGAUGUCAAAUCACCAUUCGAUGUUAAGCCAGGAUCCGAUUCCAAACCAGACGAUGUUAAAUCACCAUUCGAUAUGAAACCGGGCACCGAGCAAAAACCUGAAGUAAAAGAUACAACCUCACCUCCAAGCUCAAGUGGUGGAGAAUUGGAUUUGGGCGGCUUUGGAUUAGGUUCCUCAAAGCCAAUAUCCAACAAGCCAUCACCAUUUGCUAUUGUCGAGCCAAAAUCAAGUGACCUAACAACCUCACCAACAACUGGUACUCAAUCAACAACAUCAGCCUUUGGUGUAUUUGGUACUUCAGCACCCACCUCUGUGUUUGGAGUCAGUACAACAACAGAAUCAAAACCACCGACCUCUGUCUUUGGAUCUGCUUUUGGAGGUGCUUCAUCGACUGGUCCAACAACCUUUGGUGUUUCCGCAACACCUUCGACUGGUGCUUUUGGCGGUGCUGCAUUUGGAGCGACUUCAACCGCGCCUGCAACUUCAGGAUCUGUAUUUGGAACCAGUGCCACCGCCUCACCAUUUGGUAGUGCACCAACUUCAGUCUUUGGUACUACAGCAUCAACCACACCGGCAUCAACAACCUUUGGUGGUGCCUCAACACCUUCAACAGGUGCAUUUGGCGGUGCUACCUUUGGAAGUACAUCUGCUGCAACUUCAGCAUCUGUAUUCGGAACCAGUGCCACCACCUCACCAUUUGGUGGUGCAUCUACAACCACCACCACCACUCCAACCAAAUCUGUUUUUGGUUCCAGUACAACAUCUCCACCAAGCGUAUUCGGCACUCCAUCAACUCCCCCAUCUACUACCGGCGGAGCUUUUGGAAGCGUCACACCAACUGCAUCUGUUUUCGGAACUUCAACACCAGCAGCAGCUUCACCAUUUGGAAGUACUUCAAGCUCUGUAUUUGGUGCUUCAACAGCAGCAGCUUCACCAUUUGGCGGCGCAACUUCUAACCCCGCUGGUUCAGUCUUUGGAACUUCAACAUCAGCAGCCUCACCAUUUGGAAGUAGCGCUCCUUCAUCCAAUCCCACUGGAUCAGUAUUUGGAGCUACUACCGCACCGGCAUUCGGAUCUACCUCUGCAUUUGGUGGUGCCUCAUCUGCCCCAGUAGCAGCCUCACCAUUUGGAAGUAGCGCCCCUUCAUCCAAUCCCACUGGAUCAGUAUUUGGUGCUACAACCGCACCAGCAUUCGGAUCUACCUCUGCAUUUGGUGGCGCUUCAUCAACACCCUCUGCAUCACCAUUUGGAAAUGCACCAAGUAAUACAUCUGUAUUUGGUGCUUCUAAUACAUCAGCUUUUGGCGGAAGUGCACCAAAUACUUCAGCUUUUGGUGGUGCCUCAUCUACCCCAGUAGCAGCCUCACCAUUUGGAAGUAACGCUUCAUCUAAUCCAUCUGGAUCAGUAUUUGGAUCAAGCUCAACACCGACCUCUGCUUUUGGUGGUACAUCUGCUUUUGGUGGUGCUUCUAAUACCUCUGCUUUUGGAGGUGGUGCUCCUAAUACCUCAGCUUUUGGUGGUGCCUCUAAUACAUCAGCUUUUGGUGGUGCUUCUAAUACAUCAGCAUUUGGAAGCGCUUCAGGUAAUCCUACAGGAUCAGUGUUUGGAUCAACCUCCGCGCCAGCAUUUGGAUCUACAUCGGCACCCGCAUUUGGAUCUACAUCAGCUUUUGGUGGUGCUUCUAAUACAUCAGCUUUUGGAAGCGCUUCAAGUAAUCCUACAGGAUCAGUAUUUGGUGGAGCUUCAACGGGUGGUGCUUUCGGUCAGCCAUCAGUAUUUGGUGGUGCCAAUAAUUCUCAACCACAACAAAGUGUAUUUGGAUCUCAGCCAAAUAAAUUUGAUUAUCUAUCAAUGGCAAACUUUGUAAACUCUGGUAUUCUUGUAAGAAAUCUUGGUAGAUUGAGUUACGCAAGAUGUCUUGAUGUUCAAAAGACUCUAGGUGAACGUGCCCAUGAAGGAAACAAUACAUUACUAUUGGUUGAGCAUUCUUCGCCAAUCUUUACCGUUUCUAAUAGUGAAUGCAAAGAAGGUACCAAUCUCCUGAGGAAAAGAAUGGACCCAAUGGGUAUUGAAGUCCAAAGAGUAGCAAACAGAGGAAAGGGAAUCGUUUGGCAUGGACCGGGUCAACUCACUCUCUAUCCAUUCAUUUCUGGUUUUUCAAAGGAAGAUCUGGUGCAAUCGAUAUCUAAAGUAGUCAGUAAAACCAUGUCAUCCAUUGGACUUGACUGUACUGUUAAAGAUGAUGGAAUAUAUGUUGGUAAUGAAAAAUCGGAAAAAAUUGGUGAUAUUGAAUUAUUUUCAAAUGAAAUGAAGAAUCCAGGUUUCUCAAUCAAUAUAAAUCCAAAUCUUUCCUAUUAUAAAAUGAUCGAGCCAGAAAAGAGUGAAAGCGAUAAUAAGAAACCAAUGACCUCCAUUUGGAAUGAAAUGAACAACUCAAUAUCGAUUGGAGAAGUUGUACCAAUUUUAUUAGAUGCUUUUGAGAAAGAGUUUGGCAAUAAUGUAUUCGAUUCAAAAAAACUGUACCAAAUGAGAUUCAAAGAAGAACAAUUCCAAGUACCAAGCAAUUUUAGUUUAAAUUCUAAACUAUCUAUCAAUGAUAUGCUUAUCAACAACUAUCAACUAAAUCCAAAAAGACAUUCAUCAUUGUCAUAUUAA